CCCCCGCCCAGGCGCAUCUUCUCCAGAACCGCCGCCGCCGCCGCCGCCGCAGCCGCACAGGUCCCAUGAAGAAGCACCAAACAUGAAUAUGAAAAAAUACCUGGUGAAAUGCUUGCACCGCCUGCAGAAAGGGCCAGGCUACACCUACAAGGAGCUUCUGGUAUGGUACUGUGACAACACCAAUACCCACGGACCCAAGCGCAUCAUCUGCGAGGGGCCCAAGAAGCAGGUCAUGUGGUUUGUCCUCACCCUGCUGUUUGCCUCCCUGGUCUUCUGGCAAUGGAGCGUCUUCAUCCAGACUUACCUCAAGUGGGAGGUCAGUGUGACCCUCUCCAUCGGCUUCAAAACUAUGGAAUUCCCAGCAGUCACGAUCUGCAACGCCAGCCCCUUCCGGUAUUCUAAGGUAAAGCAUCUUCUGAAGGAACUGGAUGACCUGAUGGAGGCCGCUCUAAAGACUAUUCUAACACUCGACUCUGGUCCUGGUGAUGUUAAUUACAUGGAAGGCCUGAACCUGACCAUAUGGAACCACACACCCCUGGUCAUAAUUGAUAACCGAGACCCCUACCACUCUGUCAUCGUGGACCUUUUUACCUUUGGCCGUAAUAAUUCUGAGGCAAGCUCCCCAUCUCCACAUGGGAGCUGCAAUGCCCAGAAGUGCAAAAUCGCCAUGAGGCUGUGCAGUCAAAAUGGCGAAGUGUGCACCUAUUGGAACUUCACCAGUGCUGCCCAGGCAAUGAAAGAAUGGUACAUCCUACAGUCCACCAGCAUCCUCUCUCAGGUGCCCCCGGAAGAGAGGAUCCAGAUGGGCUACUCAGCAGACCAGAUGAUCCUGGCCUGCCUAUUUGGGGCAGAACCCUGCAAUCACAGGAACUUCACUGCAAUAUUUCAUCCUGACUAUGGCAACUGCUAUGUCUUCAAUUGGGGCGUGAAUGAAAAAGCUCUACUCUCCUCCAACCCUGGAACUGAAUUCGGCCUGAAAUUAAUCUUAGACAUUGACCAGAAGGAUUACGUCCACUAUCUCACCUCCACAGCUGGGGUAAGACUGAUGCUCCAUGAGCAAAAGUCCUACCCUUUUCUCAAAGAUGCGGGUAUCUACGCCAUGCCUGGAACGGAGACUUCCAUUGGCGUGCUGGUGGAUAAACUGGAGCGGAUGGGUGAGCCCUAUAGCCAUUGCACCAUCAAUGGAUCCGAUGUUCAGAUCCCCAACCUCUACAGUGAGUUUAACACAUCCUACUCAAUACAGGCCUGCCUUCGAUCCUGCUUCCAAGAACACAUGAUUCAGAACUGCAACUGUGGUCACUACCUAUACCCGCUUCCUGAAGGGAAGAAAUACUGCAAUAACCAAGACUUUCCUGACUGGGCAUACUGCUACUCGGCCCUCCGCAUGAGUGUGCUCCAGAGAGAAAACUGCAUCAGCCUGUGUAAGGAGUCCUGCAAUGAUACACAGUACAAGAUGACUAUCUCCAUGGCUGACUGGCCAUCUGAGGCCUCUGAGGACUGGAUUUUCCAUGUGUUGUCUUACGAACGUGAUAAAACCACCAACCUGACCAUAGACAGGAAAGGAAUUGUCAAGCUCAAUAUUUACUUCCAAGAAUUCAACUUCCGGACUUUCGCUGAGUCAGCAGCAAACAAUGUGGUAUGGUUACUCUCCAAUCUGGGUGGCCAGUUUGGGUUCUGGAUGGGCGGCUCAGUACUGUGCAUCAUCGAGUUUGGGGAGAUCAUCAUUGACUGUAUAUGGAUUACCAUCAUCAAGCUGGUGGCCUGGGCCAAGGGUCUGAAGCAGCGGCGGGCCCAAGCCCGCUAUGAGGGUCCACCACCCACAGUGGCGGAGCUAGUGGAGGCCCACACCAACUUUGGCUUCCAGCACGACACCGAAAAUAACAGCAACCCUCCUCCUGUACCCGAGGACUACCCAGAUGACCAGAACCUGCCCAUCCCCGGCACUCCACCUCCCAACUAUGAUUCCCUGCGCCUACAGCCCCUUGAUGUCAUUGAGUCAGAUAGUGAAGGGGAUGCCAUCUAAUCUCUUGGCUUUAUCUUGCAAUAUCCUGUGGAUAGUGGGUGAGGCCAUAGUAAUGGAAAAAGAAGAAAACAAUUUCACAUGUUCCACUUGGCACUUUUUCACUCUGCUUACAGUCUUCCCUCUGGCUAGACAGAAGACCAGGCCCAUGGUCAUUCCCUGAAUGUCUUUACCCUGCUGCACAGCCUAGAAUUCACCAGCUCUCUAUUCAUUCACUGCCUUCUUCCUUUGUUCCAUUUCACUGGUCCCCAAACUAGGCUGAAAUCCAUGCUGAUCUGAGGGAAUGUGAGAGAGUGAUCAUUUUAUAGAAGCCUCCUGACCUCUAGAGGAAUAGCACCUGGCUCUGAGGAGUCAAGGAAUUGAUGGGAUCAUAGAUUUAGAACUAGAAGCAUCUUUAAAGGCCAUCUAGUCCAACCAUCUCAUUUUACAGAUGAGGAAACUGAGACCUUGGGAAGUUAAGUAAUGCCUGAGGCCAUAAAAGUAGUAAAUGGCUUGGCUAGAAUUUGGAGUCGGGUCCUCCUGACUCCUAAUCCAUUGUUCUUUCUAUGACAUCAUCACAAUCAGACUUCCGACCCUGACAUUCCAUGUGAGCUCAGAUCUGGAGAAGAGCAAAGUAAUCUAGACCCUAAUCCUAUGCUUUAGCAUAACCUCAGUGUCCUGCCCUGUCAAACAGCCCUGGCCAGUGAGCCAUCCUGUCAUGAAAGACUCAUCCCUAGAUUAGAAGUACCCAGGCCAGGACCUAGAAGGCCCUGUGGGAAGACACUCAUUCAUUCCCUAUUCUCUGAAGCCCUUUUCUACCUGCCAGGCUGUUAUGUACCCCCAAUAGGAGGCAGGACCUCUAUUCCUAUUCAGUAACUGAAAGGAGAAGAUAGUUGAGUUAUCCCAUCACCUUCUGUGUGCUGUACCUCAUCUGAGCACUUCUACCCAGGUUCCCAGAAUCAGUUUUCUCUCCCACAUCCAGUCACCUGUCAGUCUAGAGUCUGUGUACUAUAAGAUCAGUGUACUAUAUUGUGACAACUUGCUUAUUCAGAAUAAGAGUGAUGAUUUUUUUCUGUUUCUAAAGUGACUGGUAGCUAUGCAUUGGUUUAGUGAGUGUGUACGUGAGCUGUCAAGGGCCCUGAUUUGGAGAACUUGGCGUGAGUGAAAACCCAGGGCUUGCAAGAACAGUUGAGUUUGUGCUUAGCAGAGCUAAGGACAUUUCUUAGUUUCUGUCUCUAUUUCUCUUUAUCUCUCUCACUCUACCAAUGCAGCUUAGCACCUACUGUGCAGUUUAGAAUCUUAGAGUUGCCUGGAGCAAUGGGAAGGUUGGGUGACAUCAGGGGUAGGGUCAUUAGCAGGACUUGAACUUGUUUUUUGUGGAGGCAAUUGGAGUUAAGUCACACAGCUAGCAAGGGUCUGAGGUCAGUUUGAACUCAAGUCCUCCUAAUUCCAAGGCUGAUGGUCUAUCCAUUGAGCCACCUAGCUGCCCAAUUAAAGCUAACUUUCAAUCUACACCACAGUACCUUUCUCUCUUUUCUAAUGGGUGGGUGAAACACACACACACACACAAUAACUAAUACUUUGUCCUGUGCCCUAGCCAAUGUUCAUUGACAGUCCACUCCCAAAAGGAUUUUCCAGAACAGUACCUAAGACUGAGAAUGCUAAGGUACUUCCUGGACUGCUUCAUCCAUACAGCUCCCUGAAGGCCAAAACUGUUCAGCAAGGGGCACAGGGAUUCUUAAGUGCUAUAAAGUUCCCUUCAUGAGGCUUACAAUUCUACGAUUCAGGGAUCGCCCCUGGGGGAAAAAUAUUGUCCCAAGAAAUCUUUUAGGGCCAAUAACCUGACCCUUUGUAACCUGACCCUCUCACUCCUCACAUUUCCCUAAUAGCUCCCAGGGCAGGAAGAAAAGUGACUUAAGCUUCAGCCUUCCUGAUUGGGCUCCAUUUUAUAGCGUUUGCUUUCCUGCCGGUAUAUACCAGUUAAUCUCUCCUGGAAACAAACACACAUCUCCCAUAAAGUGCCUGGCUAGAGGGGUGCGCCCGUACUUCCCUGUCCCCUCCAUCAUCACUGAUACAAACACCAGCUGGCAUGACCCAAAUACAUCGCUUGAAGGUGAGCAAUAAAGGACAGCUCCAGGUAGAAAGGGCCAACUGGGAGCUACUCUUCCCUGUUGGGCAGUAUGGUCCAGAACAUGCCACCUAGGCCCUGCUCUCCUCCCAACAUCACAGGCUAGUUGAUCUCCAAUUAUCCAUCUGUGGUCAGAACUACCUUGCCCUUUCCCCAGAGGUCUAACUAAGGGAGGGGCCACAUCAGAGCUUAGUCCUAGGGCAGAAAAUUAAAAGGAUGUGGCAGCACUUAUCCCAAGGUGUACUUCUCCCCCUUUCCUCAAUCAGCAGAAAGCUUAUGCCAGGGUCUUCUUCCUCCCCCAUGACAGAAACCUCUUAGAGUUUCAGGGAGCACAUAUUUCCCUAGCAGCUUUAUGCCUAGCCCACAUCACAUUGCCAGUAGCAACACUGUCCAUUUCCCCCCUCUUAACAGAAGCCAGUACUUAAAUAAUUUAAGAAACUCUGGUGUCUCCAGUACAGGCUUCCUUCCCCAACCUCCAGCUUGAAUCCCAAGUGAGCUUUCCCAACCUCUUGCCCCAGGCACAGAAAUUGCUAGUUAGAGCUCUGCUUUUCCCUUCUUCCCACCCAGCCUCAGAGUUGAGGAGGCUUUAGUGAGGGGAGGUGAUAAUAAAAAGUACUUUGCACACACAUACACAUACACACACACACACACACACACACACACACACACGCACACAAAUUAUCUUCCAUGGCCAAAGACAACUAACAAACUUACCUCUACCCUAGCCAGACGUCUCUCAAAAGUGUGUCAUUCAUCAUCAUCAUCACCACCACUGACCACCAUCGCCACCAUCUUGUGUUGACAAGGAGUAUUCUACUUUUCCAAGCAUUGUUGUAUCUAUCAUCUCACUUGGUCUUCCACAACUUUGUUAGGCAGGGAUGGGAUCAUUAUCCCACUCACUGAAAAGAUGCCCCAAGUCACAUAUUAGUGGCUGGGGUCAGGACUAGGGCACAGAUCUCCCAGCUAUGAAAAUAUGGAUGGUUUGGGGCAAACCCACCUCCUGCUAAUAGUGGAUGGGUACCAUCACUGAAUAUAUGGAACAGGACAUUGUCCUAAUUAUUACCUAAACUCAUUGAACAGAAGAGACUUGCCUCAUUCACAAUGGGGAUGAGACUGGCUCCCACCUUCUGCUUGAGUCACAGUAUCAGGAGUAGAGCUAACUUGGGGAUGAGAAAGGUAUGGGACUUUAGGAAAAUGACUUCCUGAGGUUCACUGUGUCUAUGAAGGCAUGCCCUUAGGCUCAUUGGUUACAGAAAACAAAGUUUUGAUUAAGUAUAGAAAUGAUGUUGUCACACUGUUAGUCUAAGAAGAAUCCAGUCACAUCCAGAGAUGAGGGUCUAGAGGUGUGAGGUAGGGUGGGGGGAAAUCUCUGAUAGAAAGUUGAGGCUCUGGAUGAUGACCCCAGUGAGAAAGAGUCAAAAAGAGGGUAGGUUAAGGAAAAAGAAAGAACCCAAUUUGAGAGGGAUGGGGACAGCAGCAAAAGAAGUAGGACAGGCCACAAUGGAAGCUUUAAAAGCAGUUUUAAAAGGUUAAGAGAAGAGAGAAAGCUUAGAGAGGACGAGCCUAAGAUGUGCUGAUCAAGGAGGAAGGCAUAGCUCAAGGAAACUGAGGAAAGAAUAUCCUGAGGACCAUAGAUUUAGGGGUAAAAGGAAUCUUACCCUUACUUUUCAUCAGACCCAGCCAUCUCAUUUAACAGAGGAGGAAACAAGACUAGAGAGAUUAAGUGACUUGCCCAAAGUCUCAUAGAGCCAGGAUUUGAACCCAGUUAUAUGACUCCUUCCACAGCACCACACUGGCUGUAGGGCAAGGGAUUCUUAAUUUGUGGUCUUUGAACUUGUUUUUUUCAUAUUUUGAUGAUGAUAGUUCAAGGUAAUUGGUUUCCUUGGUGUUCCUAUGUAUUUUAUUUUAAGCACUUAGACUAUUCUGAGAGGGGGGUCCAUAGGCCCCCUUGGACUGCCAAAGGCAUCCAUGACAUACAAAAAGCUAAGAACUCUUGGGAAUUUCUGCUAGGAAAACACUAAGGUCAAAUUGUUGGGUCUAGUGGCUCCAUAGAAUUUUGACCUGAAGCCACAGAAUGAUUUGAGGCUGAUCCAGAAAGAAAAGGACCUAACUUCGCUAAGAAUAAAAGUUGCUGAGAAGUAGUCUGUGUUUAGGAAGUAGAAGGAUAAACCAACAGGGAUGAACAGUGAGCCCCAAGUGUCAGGCUAAUCCCACAGCCCAUAGAUAAAAGGGGAAUGAAAACUAAGGGAGAACCUAAGAGAGAUCAAUUAAUGCUUUAAAUCUAAUUAAAGCCAAGAGAGAGACAAGCAUGAUGGUGUGAACUUCUAAUUUGCUAAAUCUGUAUAUAUAAUCUGUUCCUUGAGAUUCUCUCUCACUGUAAUAAAGAAAUUUGCACAUUA